UCAAAAAUAAUUCCCUUGCUUGUGUUUUAGAUUAGGUUCCCGGACGAAAUGGCAUACUUGCAGGAAAUACAUGAGAAACAAAGAGCUCGUGGUCCAGCCACCAUACUAGCCAUUGGUACCGCAAAUCCACCCAACUACAUUUACCAAUCUCACUUUUCCGAUUACUUCUUCGGAAUGACCAAGAGCCAACACAUGACUCAACUUAAGGCCAAGUUCGAUCGCAUAUGUGCGAAUUCGAUGAUAAAGAAACGUCACAUGCACCUGAGCGAAGAAAUGUUGAAAGAAAACUCCACUAUAAGCACUUAUAAGGAACCAUCCUUGGAUUCUUGCCAAGACAUACUAGUUGAGGAGGUUCCAAAGCUUGGCGAGAAGGCAGCAUCAAAAGCCAUCAAGGAAUGGGGCAGACCCAAGUCAGAUAUCACUCACCUCAUAUUUUGCUCCAUGGCAGGUGUAGACAUGCCUGGUGCGGAUUAUCAACUUGUGAAGCUCUUAGGUCUCAAGCCAUCCAUCAAAAGGUUCAUGUUAUACCAUCAAGGUUGCUUUGCUGGUGGAACUGUGCUUCGUCUCGCUAAAGACCUUGCUGAGAACAAUGCUGGAGCACGCGUUCUGGUGGUAUGUUCUGAGAUUGUAGUCAGCACAUUUCGUGGACCCUCAGAAAAACACUUGGACAUGUUGGUGGGACAAGCUCUCUUUGGUGAUGGUGCCUCAUCCGUGAUCGUUGGAUCCGACCCUGACACGUCCAUUGAGCAACCACUGUUUCACCUUGUUUCGGCAUCACAAACAAUUCUACCCAACACUGAGGGUGCAAUUGAGGGACACUUGCGAGAACUGGGACUCACAUUAAGUCUCAAGAAAAAUGUUCCUCAGAUGAUCGCAGAGAACAUAGGAAAAAGCCUCGAAGAAACCUUUCAACCACUUGGAAUUAGUGAUUGGAACUCGUUGUUUUGGGUAACCCACCCCGGUGGCCCUACAAUCUUGAAGGAAAUAGAGGCAACACUUGGGUUAAACGCUGAUAAAAUGAGAGCAUCUAAACAUGUCCUAAGUGAGUACGGAAACAUGUCAAGUGCUUGUGUCUUCUUUAUACUAGACGAGAUGAGAAGGUGGUCCAUUAAGGAAGGAAAAUCCACCACUGGUGAAGGACUACAGUGGGGUGUUUUAUAUGGGUUUGGCCCUGGAUUGACCAUGGAGACCAUUGUUUUGCAUAGCACUGCCUUAGACUCAGGCCACUAUAGCUAGUUGCCAUGCUUGUGUCAAGAUGUUGUAGGAAAAUGUAAUGUUUUAAUAUGUUGAAUAAUUCGUCACUAGACCAAGUGAUCGUCAUAUUAUUAAGUUGUUAUUGGUUUUCCAUUUUAUGUUUAAGAUCAAUAAUGCUAUGGAGUUUUUUUUUUUUUUUUUCAUUUAUGUUUCAGUGGUAUAAAU